AUUUCGUCAGAUCUUUUUAUGGCGAACGGAGAGAUCAAGCGGGCAGAACCGCCAAGUUAGGGCCUUGAGCCGGGGGUGAAACGGGGAAGAUGGAAGACUUCGGGAUUUCAGAGGAGAAGGGAAUGGAAGUCUAUGAGGGUGAUGUUGUGAAAGGAAUGGAAGCGAUGGAUAUCGAUUUGAGCUCGACGUCUGCUAAAAUUCUUGACCUGCUUAGGAGAUUUCUCGGAGUCCAGCAGCGGAGGGCGAAGGCAUACGCCAGAUGGCACCGGGGUUUUUCAGAAUACAUGGCUCAUGGAGGAGAAUUGGCUUAUCAAAAACUAUGUUCAGAUAUCACUACUGAGUUCAAUGAUUGUUCAAAGCAAGUCCUUGAAAUGGAAUCACUAUUUUUGAUGCCAGAUAUAUCUCGUAACGAUCUUGCUUGUCUUCUAAAAGAUGUACAGGCGGAGGAGAAGCAAAAAUUGCAUUUGACUGCAAAGAUUCAGAUUCUAAAGAAGGCUGGUCGGCCAUCAGAGAGGUUGGUGAGCCAUGAACACUGUCGCUUCAGCCACACAGCAAAGCAUGAGUGCCUGCAUGUCCGGGAGAUAACUGAAGAGGAUGGAACUGAGGAUGCUGAGGCUGAUGCCGAGUAUGACAACUCUCUCAAGGAAGCCAUUAGAGGAGUCCAAGAUGCAGUAACAAGCAUCAAUGAGCACCUGGAGGAGGUCAGGUAUGAGAUUGAGGCUCUGAGCCCAACUAGCUUCAGUGGUUCUGUAAUCUGAGCUCUCUGUUCUUUCUCUGCAAAUUGAAAAGUAACAGAUCAAAAUGUAGAGUUUCUUAGCUCAGUUAUGCCCCAUUGUUGGCCAAUUUUAUUGGGUUAUCAAGAAUGCCUAUGAUUUAACCUACAAAGUCUGUGGAAUAUGUUGAUAUUUUUAAUCAAAAAAUAUUAUUUUCGAUGGCA